ACAGACGGCUGCUUAGCAGCAUACACAUUUCAAGUUCUGCCACCAGUGCGUGUCCUCAUUUGGAGAUAACUGCCAAUGGCCCCUUUCCCACACUGCUGGGGAGACGAGAGCUCCUUGGGCUGGGGUGGGCUCGAGGCCUGGCACGCAGGGGGUCUCACUGAGCGCCCGCGGCUCCAGCGCCCGCUCCCCCGCCCGGACCGCACCCCUGCGGGCUCCGACUGGCGGCCUCCGUUCGUAUCUCGCCGCCCCGCCGGCAGGCGGCGCCCUCCGGCCCGUCUCCCGCCGGGGUCGCGAAGGGGCUUGCGCUGUCAAAGGCUGCGCGGCGCCGGCGCGGACGCCCGCACUUCCUGGUCGCCCGGGGCGGGGAGGGUGGGGGGCCAUGCCGGCCUCCUGCUCUUGCCCUGAGAGUGCGCGGGGCGGAGCCGAGCCGGGCGGGAGCGCCGGCCUCCCGCCCCUCCUCCGGCGGUCACCUGGGGCCGGGAGCAACAGGUGCCUGGGCGGCGUCCUCGCCGUCGUCUGGUUGGCGCCCGGCGCCGGGGAUGCGGGGCGCGAGCCGGGAGCCGCCGCGCCUCGGAUAACCCGGGACCCCCCUCCGGAACGCGUUGGCUGAAGCUCCUUUUCUCGCCUGGCCAGGUGACCCCAGGAGGUGCCGGCAGGGCCCGCCCCAGCAUUCCGGAGGCAACCACCAGGACCGGCCUGCGGAGGGAGGCCCAGCUGGGAGGAGACUUGCUGGCUUUGCCCCACCUUUUGACUCGGAUUUUAUUCACAUGGCAUUUUGGUAUGCCAGGAACCAAAAGUAAGUCAGACAGUAAAACUGAAAUAAAAUAGGAAGAUCGUCAGCCAAGAAGGACUGCAGGAUUUGAAAGCAGAGGAUGGAAAGUGAAGUGAAACAGUGUUUUAUCAUAUAUAUUUCAGCAGACCUUCUGAAAUUUAACUAAAAAUAUGACUGCUCUUUCUUCAGAGAACUGCUCUUUUCAGUACCAGUUACAUCAAACAAACCAGCCCCUAGAUGGUAACUGUCUAUUAUUCUUGAUUAUACUUGGGAAAAUAUUAUUAAAUAUCCUCACACUAGGAAUGAGAAGAAAAAACAACUAUCAAAAUUUUAUGGAAUAUUUUUGCAUUUCACUAGCAUUCAUUGAUCUUUUACUUUUGGUAAACAUUUCCAUUAUAUCCUAUUUCAGGGAUUUUGUACUUUUAGGCAUUAGGUUUACCAAAUACCAUAUCUGCCUAUUUACUCAAAUUAUUUCUUUUACUUAUGGCUUUUUGCAUUAUCCUGUUUUCCUGAUAGCUUGUAUAGAUUAUUGCCUGAAUUUCUCAAAAACCACCAAGUUUCCAUGGAAGUGUCAAAAAUUAUUUUAUUUCUUUACAGUAAUUUUAAUUUGGAUUUCAGUCCUUACUUAUGUUUUAGGAGAUCCAGCUAUCUACCAAAGCCUGAAGGCACAGGAAGUUUAUUCUUAUCAAUGUCCUUUCUACGUUAGCAUUCAGAGUUACUGGCUGUCAUUUUCCAUGGUGAUGGUUUUAUUUAUGGCUUUUAUAUCCUCUUGGUCAGAAGUUAUUGCCUUGGUACAGGCUGUUAGGAUAGCUUCCUACAUGAAUGAGACUAUCCUAUAUUUUCCCUUUUCAUCUCACUCUAGUUAUACUAUGAGCUCUAAAAAAACACUCUUGCCCAAGUUCAUUAUCUGUUUUCUCGGUACCUGGUCACCAUUUGUACUACUUCAAGUAAUUAUCCUCUUACUUAAAGUACAGAUUCCAGCAUAUAUUGAGUUGAACAUUCCAUGGUUGUACUUUGUCAAUAGUUUUCUCGUUGCCACAAUGUAUUGGUUUAAUUGUCAAAAGCUUGACUUAAGAGAGACUGCAUUACCUGUGGAUCCAUUUGUCAACUGGAAAUGCUGCUUCAUUCCAUUUACAAUUCCUAAUAUUGAGCAAAUUGAAAAGCCUUUAUCAAUAAUAAUUUGUUAAUAUGUUGUCACAUUAAAAUUAAAACUUACAACUACAGUAAAAACCAUUUUAUAAUGAUUAGUCAGAACAUAAAAAGAAUGAACUGAAGCUUUCCCCCAACUUUCCUCUCUUUUCAGAAUGUGUCUUUUGGGACUAUGCUAUUGGGUUUGUUUGUUUUUUUAAAACAAAAUAAUUCCAAGAAAAAUGUUUAUACCUGUUCAGGAAAAAUGUAUGUUACAUAUAUUAAUACAAAAGUGAAAUGAGUUUAACAUUUGCUUACUGAUGUUUGUGUUGCAUACCCUAAAAACUGUGUGCAAACUGUUAGGUACGUCUGAAAUUUGCUGCCAACUUAUGAUAGGAACUUAAACAUUUUUAUUAAAUUCAGAGCAAGAAAAUCAGGAUCAUUUUCUUAAAAUGAUUUGGUAUAAAUAUUCUUCGAUGUAAGGAGAAGAUUAGCUCAAUUUAAAGUUAGCCAAUUUAAAAAAAUAUUUUUAAUGCACAUAUUCCUGGAAUAAAACUUUUGGUUGCUUACUUAUGGAAUUGGGGGUAGUGACUAAGAUCUCUUUCCAUGACAUACCAGAUUCAUUUUCAGUUAUAACUUACAUGUCAUAUACUUGCAUGUCAGAUCAUAAUCACAUGGGAAAUGUAUCACACUCUAAGGUGGGGUUUCUUAUCCUCAGCACUGUUGACACUUUGGGUUGGAUGUUUCUUUGUUGUUGGGUAAGGCUGUCCUGCAUAUUGUAGGAUGUUUGGCAGCAUCCCUGCCCUCUAGCCACUGGAUGCCAGUAGCACCUCUCUUUCUCAGUCACAACAAUCAAAAUGUCUCCAUACAUUGCCGAACUUCCCCUUCUAGGCACAACUGCCCCGUGUUGAGAACUACUAAAGAAAAGCAAUCUAAAAGGCAGAAUAAUCUGAUGUCAAGAAAAGCAAUCUAAAAGGCAGAAUAAUCUGAUGUCAUUUGGUUAAUUAGAGUAUGAGAAUAUUCUAAUUAACUGCCUAAUCUGUCAGUUUCUAAACUUGGCCCUUCUACACUUCUGUGUUACUUUUCCCCUGAAUGUGUUUAUUGCUAAUUGGCCAUAGCAUGGGACUGAGCUAUUUUAAAAUAUACUUAGUAAAGUAGCAAAGAUUUAUACUCUGCGUAUUUUAAAUCAGGCAAAUUUAUAAGUAUAACAACUAUUUCAAACCCUUUGUUAAGCUUUUUGUUUACUUAUGAGUAUUCUCCUGCCUCAUAAGCUUAAAGAAAAAAAGAAAUUAUUCAAAAGACCAGCCAAAUGGAAGAGGCUUUUAUUUAUAAAGAAAUGAACUUACAACUGGUCUACAAUAUAUUAUUGUAAUAUAAACAAAUAUAAAUAAAUGAUCCUGCAGGCCCACUAACCUUCCAUCCAGACCCACACAAAGCAAUAUUACAACAAUAUUCUAUGUGAAAAUGUGCAGGUAACAAAGGUGCAAUUACAAGCAAGUUUAAGCAGCAGAGUAUAAGGUGCUUUAAUUUAACAGUUAAUGUUGCCAUCAACAAACAUUUGAAUGCUCAAUUUUACUUCACUGAAUACAGACACAACAAAUAUGAAAAUCUAAAAUUCAUACACAUGCUACUUGUUAAUAUGAAAGUGCUUUCUCCUUUAAAAAAAAUACACCAAAUGGACAAUCUUUUUACAUAGAUCAUGGUGUGCUCUUCUAAUGCAAAAUUAACUUCAUUUUAGGUCAUACAUUUUAAAACUGUAGCUAUAGACACCAAUCUAGGAACAUUUAUGCUAAGAGUGCUAAAACUAUUUCAUUUCCUGUAAGGAGGACUCUAAUACUAUAUCCAAUGUAAAGAAUACAUCUAUAUAUACUCUUAACAUUGUUUUUCGUAAAGAUUAAAAAAAUGUUCUCUCUCCCCUUGGUGAUGUUUUGUUCAUCCUGGGUGGACCAGCUUUUGAGGUUUUAAUAAUAUGAAAGUCCUAUUUUAGAACAAUUGGAGGAACCAAAAAGAAUUUUUAAAAUCCGUCAUGUGCUUGAAGCAUCAAAAAUUUUUGAAGUUUACUAUAACAGUUUGCUUUUGUUAAAUCAACAACAAAACAUUUUUAACAACCAAGAAGACAGAAAGCACUAAGAGGUUUGAAAUGCCUGCCUAUGUUGUCAGUAUCCACCUUACACGCUGCUGUCUACAACUCCAACCUUCUCCACAAGCUCACUCCUUAAUAUGAGGAUAGUUUUUGAGUUUUUUGUCCUACUGAAAAAAAAAAAAAGACCAAGCUUUUGAAUGAGGUGAUUGGGAAUCUAGUUAAACAUCCAAAAUUAUACCAUCUUUGCACACUCCAUUAGCUUUCUAAAAUAUAAGAAUACUUACACAGAAAAUAUGUAAUAGAUAUUUUAACAGUAUAAAAUAUUUGAAAAAUUAGGAAAAUUUAAACAUUUUAAAAGUUAAACAAAUUAACCAGUACCAUAGAAAAUUUUUAAAAACCUUGACUUCUGAUUACUUGGAUGCCAGUGUUCCUAUUUUCAAAGUCUGGUAUAGAUUCUAAUCUAACAUGGACUUGGACAUUUUCCUGCUUUAAAAGGGUGUGACUAUUAUUUUGUAUCUUGAUGGAGAAUAUCAGUAUCAAGUGAUGUUAUGUAAAGCUGGGUCAGUAGGAGGAAUUACAGUGUAAUUCAUAGAAUACCCUGUCGGUAAGGGAACUUUUUACCCAAUUAAUAAAUCCCACUCAAUGUUUACUCUCCAAAUACUUGUCAAUUCAAGCAUGGAACUGUUUUUCUGCAUUUUAAAGGAAACGCUUUUACUAUGUAAUUAACUUUUGUGUGCUUUCUAAAAUAGAUACUGUAAUAACAAAAUUUGUGUAAUCUUUCUUGCUUUAAAAACAAAACAAAAUAAACCUGUUCAGUGGA